CCGAGGUAACUGCAGCAGCUUUGAGUGGCAGAGGAAAUAAAGCAGAGGUUAGAGAUGCAUUAAUAAAAUGAGAGAUAGGUGGAGAUAAAGCAGGAGGACGAAGUUUCAAGAGAGAAGUAGGAGCAGGAUCGAGUUGACAGGAUGAAUAGUUGUAUUUCAAAAUUAGUUUGGAGACAGAAUCUGGGAAAACAAGACAGAGACUGACUGAAUGGAUUUGAUAGACAGCUGGGCUCCGUAUCGGGGGAAACAUUGGUGAACGGCAUCAGUCUUUGCAAGCAAAUAAUCCAGAUAAGAGCAGCAAAGUUCAUUAGAAGGAUCAAACAUGAGCAACCUUUCCUACAGCACGAGUAACAGCUCGGUUGACAACUGCACCAACGUGGAUGAUCUGGUGAAGCGCUACUAUCUGCCUGCCAUGUAUGGUACGAUUUUCAUCGUCGGCGUUGUGGGCAACAUCACCGCUCUGCUGGUCUACGUGGUCAAAGUUCGUCCAUGGAAGAGCAGCACCAUCAUCAUGGUGAACCUCGUCAUCACCGACCUCCUCUUCAUGAUCUGUUUGCCCUUCUUGACCUACUACUAUGUCCUCAACGAUUCGUGGACGCUGGGCAUCACCAUGUGUCGCUUCACGCGCUUCAUCUUCCACUUUAACCUCUACGGCAGCAUCCUCUUCCUCACCUGUCUGGCCAUCUUUCGAUACGUGGCGGUCGUGCAUCCAUCGCAAGCCCACAACAUCAAGCAGAAGCGCUGGGGAACGCUGGCCUGUGUCCUGGGUUGGGUCGUGGCGGUUGCAGAAAUAAGUCCAGUUUUUAAUCUCUUUGAGACUAAGGUGCAGGGCAACAAAACCACCUGCCUGGACCUCGCGAGCAAUGAUACAAAAUUCAUCUGGCCGUACAGUUGGGUGCUGUCCGUGCUCGGAUAUCUGGUUCCUCUAGUCGUGGUCUGUCUUUGCUAUUGGCGCAUCAUGAAGGUGCUAAAGAAUGGUCCUCAUAAGGAAAGCAGCAAGCGGGUUCGAGCGAGGCGGCUCAUCGUGUUAAUCCUGACGUGUUUCAUUGUGUGCUUUCUGCCUUUUCAUGUUCUACGGGCUUUGAGGAUCUACACGAGACUCUCUCCGGAUAACGACUGCAUGCUGGUCCACUGGGCUCACGCCGCUUAUAUCAUCUCCAGGCCGAUCGCUGUACUCAACAUCAUUUUCAACCUGCCGCUCUAUACGUUAUCGGGGGACUGUUUUCAGCAGGCCUUCGUAGAAAUGUUUAAAUGUGAUCGUCUCAUUUCGAAAACUAAAUGGAUGAUUAAAGCGGCUGUGAUCAACAAACCUACGACUGACAUCACGAGUGAUCGAAGCAGCAAAAUCUAGUGAUGGGAAGUUCGUAUCGUUUUACCGACUCUGACCUUUGAGUCUUUUUUCGAGCCA